AGAUCACUGUUCUGUAUGUCAUCGACAACGCACGCAUAAAUUUUAAAAUUUUUACAAAAAUUUUCGCUCAACCACCUACAAGCCACGCAUAAAGCAAGUAUUGUUUUACGCUUUAAAUUCGCGGAAGAUAAUUGUAAAGAAAAGAUGGAGAUUUAUGUUUCACCAACAGCCGAAAGCAAUCCUUUGCAAAAACGUGUGAAUAAAAUAUUAGAGACUAGAUUGGACAUCGAGAAGAACACCUUAGAAGCCCUAACGGAUUUGUCAUCGUUUUUUAGCCAUAACACAUUGCAGAAUCGGCGUAAUCUACGUAAUCAAAUUGAAAAGCGUUCUGUCGUAAUAAACGACAAUUUCCUAAAAUGUUUUCGAGAAGUGAAGAUUAGUUUAGAUACAAUCUGUAGAGAUUUAGAUGCUUUGUCUGAUUCCGUACAGAUUAUGAAAAAUGAUCUGGAAUUUUCUAAAGCUUUAACUCAUAAUCUUAUUAAGCGGACCAAUGCGUUGCAACAAGAAAAAGAGUGCUUGCAGGCUCGCAAACAAAUUGCAGAAGCUUUCUUGCGUCGCUUCCAAAUAAGUUUACAUGAGCAUCAGUUGCUUUACGGCAAUACAAAAGAUGCUCCUAUUGACGCUGAGUUCUUUGAUGUGUUGGAUCGUGUGCGAAAUAUACAUUCUGAUUGUCGCAUUUUAAUGCAAAGCGGGUAUCAAACAGCAGCUUCAGAUAUAAUGGAAGAAAUGAAUUUACAUCAAGAGGGUGCCCUUGAACGGCUGUAUAGGUGGACUCAAAAUCAUUGUCGCAGUGUAGAGAACGAAAUUGGGCCAUUAAUUAGCAAAGCCAUGGGCCAUCUGCAGGACAGACCAAUACUAUUUAAGUAUGUUAUCGAUGAGUACGCUAUUGCACGGAAAGCAGCUUUAGUUCGUUUAUUUAUUGAAGCACUAACUGAAGGUGGCUCCAGCGGUAAUCCUAAGCCUAUAGAAAUGCAUGCUCACGAUCCAAAACGUUAUAUCGGAGAUAUGUUCGCUUGGUUACAUCAAGCAAUACAUUCAGAAAAAGAGACUCUUUUACUGCUACUAAAGGAAUGCGAUAAAAAUGACUAUGCAGAUCUCUCAGAAUAUGUGCAGAAUGCUUUAGCCUAUAUAACAGAUGGUGUUUGUCAUCCUUUAAAAGUGCGGGUGGAAACUAUUUUACAUACAGAAAAAGAUGUAAUUUCCCUGUUCGCUCUUUCGAAUCUUAUACGUUUUUAUCAGAAAACUAUGAAACAAGUUGUUCAAGGCCGCACUUUCGAGCAUUGCUUAGUGGAAUUGCAGGUAUCUAUUGAAGAAGUCUAUUUGAGGUCUCUAACCAACCAAGUACGUCAAAUUCUACGCAGGCCUGCACCUGCGUCAGGUGUCUUAGAGCUACCACAACGCGAUCUGUCGCCGCCUGCUAGUGUGGGACGCUUACUUAAUCUACUUAAAGACAUUCUUUCAGUAGCCACCAUGGUAGAUGGACAUCAGUCUGAUAUCAUUAAAAUUGUGGCUUGCGUCAUUGAUCCGCUGCUACUAUCAGUACAAGAGUCGGCUUCACAUUUACCUACUGUUGAUAUGGCCGUUUACCUUCUAAAUUGUUUAUACCAUAUGCAGAGCACAUUGGCUGUUUAUGAAUACAUGGACGAGCGAGUUGAACGUUUGCAAGCGCAGUCUGAAGCGCAAAUCGAUACUCUUACCUCGGAGCAGUCUUCAUCUUUGGUGUCGAAUCUCCAACUGGGCCCCAUCUACACCAUUUUGCAAACAAAUCAAACACAAAUCGAAACAAAUUUGCUUAAGAUAUUUAUGAGCAAAAUGAAUGAUUUUUUAGAGAUGCCUGACAUUUUGCUUCUAUCUCAGAUACAGCUGAUUAUGUCAAGUGCUCAUCGCUCUAAUGUCCGCAAACGUUCCUUUAACGUUAUUGUUGCGAUCUAUAAACAGAUAUAUGAGCGUGUACAUGAUCCAACUAAUGGUUUUGAAAAUCCGCAAGCUAUUUUCUCAAAGACCCCAGAACAAAUAGCGAAGAUAUUGAACGUUUGAAGAGCGCAAGAAAAGUUACGUUGUAAAUUAAGUAAAUUUUAAUUUUUUAAAUGAAACUAAUUAAAUCAGGAAAUCAUAUUCGGCUCUGUAUUCACACAGAACAUGCAAAUAUAUAUUGCAGUUUAUGAGUUGUUUGCAAAACACCCAUGUUUUUCCUUUAAAAACUGAUUUCUUCUCACUUUAGUCAGACAAAAAUAUAUUAUUCCAAUGUUCUAAUUCUAUAACUCUAAGUGGGCCAAUAUAAACCUUAUCCAAUUUGUGUCGUGGCUUAUCGGGCAUUAACACAAACUCAACGACCCUAACUUUUAUAUAGUCAGAUUUUACCUCUUAUUAAAUUGAAUUGUUCAAGAAGAUGUGCACCUCGUCUAUGCCCUCAUUCUAACGUGAAUUUAACCUCUUUUCGUUCUAUAAUGUCCACAAAUCUAAAACAGGCGAGAUUUUCCCGAACGCCAAUUCGAAUGAACAAUAUCCGUGUGCAACGAAAGGUUUUGCCUAUAUACAGUUUUUCGGAUGAAAUAUACGUCGUCAAAUAUUGUUUUAAUGUCCUAUGAGGUCUAUCGACAUUACCAGGAGUCUCAAGAAUUGUCAUUCCAACAUCUUUAGUGGAUUUUUUCUUAACCACAAUCAGAUAUUCGGUCAAAUCACAUAUUGCCGCGGGUGUAUAUUCACCAUCUGAGCUAGAUUUGGGUGGAUCCUACCAAGGUCGAAUUCCUUUGCCGGCGUAGUUGUUAUGAUGAAGCCUUGACACCAGACUUAGCCUUCUGACAAUCGCGGCAUAUCUUAUAUAAUGUUUAGUAAUAUUUUAUAUAAUAUUUAGUCAUGCUUUUCCCAUAAUAUUUCCUCCGAUUUUCUUAUAUAAACGGUCUGUGAUCGGUCUUGAUCAGAAAUUUUCUAGCACAAACGUACGAUCUAAAAUGUGUUGCUCUAGAUGAGGCGGUUCCUCUUCUUUGGUAGAAUUUUUGCUUUUACGCUUUUUAAAUACCCAGAUGAGCAGAAUGCGAGCGUACCGCUGUCGUAUCGCACGAUAGCCCUAUAACGAGACGGCCCCACCGCAGGCAAAAAAGAAACAUCUUGU